GAUGCUCCUGUCCCGACAAGCAGCGAGGAGUGGAAAGACCGCGGCGCUGCCGUGGGCGUACGCCGCGAGCUCGACAAGAACGGCCGCCCGGUCGUUCGACAGGUGAAGAAAGGAGUGCGAGACUUUGCCUUUGGGCGGGUGCUCGGGGAGGGCUCGUACAGCACCGUAUACCUGGCGACCGACCGCCAGACCCUCAAGGAGUACGCCAUCAAGGUGUUGGAAAAGAGACACAUCAUCAAGGAGAAGAAGAUCAAAUAUGUCAAUAUCGAAAAGAACACGCUGAAUCGCUUGACCGAGCACCCUGGCAUCGUUCGCCUCUAUUACACGUUUCAAGACGAGACGUCGCUUUAUUACGUGCUCGAUCUAUGCAAUGGCGGCGAGCUGCUGGGCGUGCUCAAGCGGACCGGCACCUUCGAUGUCGAAUGCACGAGGUAUUACGGGGCACAGAUCCUCGACGCCAUCGAGUACAUGCAUUCGCGCGGCGUUAUCCACCGUGACCUGAAGCCGGAAAACGUACUGCUCGAUGAUCAGAUGCACGUCAAGAUCACAGACUUUGGCACCGCCCGGCUCCUUCCCGACCCUCGAACCAACCCGGAUGCCAACUCGGAGGGCACUGACGGGCUGGACGCGGACAGUCGAAACGGCGACGACGGCCGCGCUGCAUCCUUUGUCGGCACGGCCGAGUACGUAAGCCCCGAGCUGCUCACACAUAAGAAUGCUUGCAAGGCUAGUGACCUUUGGGCUUUUGGCUGCAUCAUCUAUCAGCUGCUGGCUGGACGGCCCCCCUUCAAGGCUGGGAGCGAGUAUCUGACCUUUCAGAAAAUCGUCAACCUGGAGUAUGAAUUCCCUCAAGGGUUUCCUCCUGCGGCGCGAGACCUGGUGGAGCGAUGCCUUGUCCUCGACCCAGCCAGGAGACUCACCAUAGAGCAUAUCAAGAACCACGAGUUCUUCAACGGCCAGCCGUUUGGCAGGCCCUUGUGGAGGUCAAAGGCCCCAAGGCUGCGACCAUAUGUCCCGCCGGCCCCGGAGCCAAACAUCAUCCAGCUCAACAACUUUUCUACAAGCCCUAGUCCCAACUCCCGAACGCAGCCGCCAAACAACCAGCCCAGCAAUCCGACCAACGGCAGCAACCGACCUGCUCGCAUCAUCACCGAACUGCCGCCUCCUACACAACUAGACAUCGAAUGGUCCCCGGUGCUCACGAGAAACAACGAGCGCAUCUUGAAGCUUGGGGAUCUGAUGGUCCUUUCCGCACCAAUACCCAAUGGAUCCAACGGAAAGGGGUCCGACGAGGGCCAUAGGAAGCUAGCUCGGUUCUUCGGCGGAAGCACAACGAAGAAGCGCCAGCGACUCGUCAUGGUGACUUCAAGCGGCCGCGUCCUGCUGGCUCCAGCGGGAGGCGAAGAAAAGAGGGCAAAGCAGGAGUUGUCGCUGCUGUCGCCCGAUACAACGUGGAAGACUCAUCAGGACGCCAAGGGCCAGUAUGUGUGGUGUCUGGACACGGGCGGCCAGCAUUUUACUUUUGAAGAAACAAAGUCCUCGUCGAACUCGGGAGGCGAUCUUGCGUUUGCCGAAGAGUGGGUGGAGAGCCUAGAGAGAGCCAGAGAUAUGGCAUUGUCACAAAACAUGGCGUCUGAUGCCGCAUUUGGCGAGAUGUCUUCCACAGUCUCAACACCUUCCAGCACUCUUGUCGGCAGAGGAAAUACCGCAGAUGGCUUCUCGACCAACGAUCGACCAUCCCGUGGCCAUCUGAGCAAAGGCCAGGCACCCCUAGAGGACCCCACGCCGGCGAAAAGGAACCGCUUCAGCAAGCGACAGUCGCGCAAUGGUCUAGGACCUGCGUUCUAA